UCAGACGUACAUCCAGUAAGCUCACGCCCAAAACAAAAAAACGCUCCCAUCCCCCUCACUCAAGCAUCUUCCACACAAACAUCUGUAUCCUGUUCUGCCAUCACCAGCCCUCUCGUCACCGACCUCACUGUUGCGACGGCCUAUUCAACCCCACCCACACCGUGCCCACAUCCACCUCGCUGUCACUCUGGCAAUUGCGUUUUCCUUUUCGCGCUUUUCCCACGUGUCUGCGUGCCUUCCCCGCGAAUUCGAUCGUCUCUCAACCACUGGCGCGCAUCUGUGCUGUUCUGCUGAAUAACCAUGGACGGACAGGACGCUUCUGGUCGCCGCGUUAGCCUCUUGAACGACAACCCACAGGCCCCACCACUCAUUCGCCUACCCUCCAUAUCGCCUUCUCUUCGCUCAAGAACAUCAAGCUACACAUCGUCGCGCGUCGGCUCACCACCCACGCCUUAUCUGGUGCGCAGCAACUCUUCUGACUCAGUCGAAUCAAUGCAGACCCCAUCGCCCAUCACCCCGGAUUUCAAUUUCGAUUCUCAUGGACUGGAGUCGCCAGUCUUCGCUCAGGCUGGCUUCUUCUCUCAGCAAAAGGACUUUGCUUCGGCUUACCCACCUGUCCCCCAGCCCUCAGGACCACUGCCAUACCAUCCUACGGGCGCCUCACAGGCUGCUGUCUACUUCCAGCCUCAGCAACAAACAAUAGAACCCCGAGUUGCGCCGCCAUCAGCAUCAUCCAACGCUCGUCCCAAGAAGAACAGCUACCCCUGCCCCCUGGCGCAGCAGUACAACUGCAGCGAUUACUUCACCACAUCUGGUCAUGCUGCUCGCCACGCCAAGAAGCACACAGGGAAAAAGGAUGCGUUCUGCCCAGAGUGCAACAAGGCUUUCACACGCAAAGACAAUAUGGAGCAGCAUCGUCGCACACAUCAAAGCGGCCGAAACGCCACAAAAGGGAGCGACAAUGGUGUGAAGAAGCCCAAACAUCAGGCCAAGCGGCCCAGGCCAUCUCCUAUCCAGUCAUCGAUACCUUCCAUGUCAUCACUAGCUUUGGUAGAUCCGUCCCUGCCCGUCAGUCCAGUGGAGCAGAGUUUUAUCGCCCCCGCAGUACAACCCAUGGAUACAUAUAUGGAGUUUACACAACGAUCGCCGUACCCGGACCCCACUGCUUUCUCCAUGAACGGUUACAAUAUUGGGUCGUUUAACAAUGGCCUCGAUGCUCUUGCGAUUGCUGCCAGUGGAGAAAAGCGCAAGUUCGAGUCUUGAUCAUUCGCAAUCUUUCCGAAUCUGUUCUUCACUUCCACUAGACUCUUUCCUGUCUGAAAAGUCCGGUAUCGCAAGUAAUAAUCCUGAAAGCUUAGCCUGGAGUCAGGUACUGGGGUACGAGUCAAAGAUUAUGGCGUUCAAAAUUUGGGCUUCGCAAUAGACUCUCGCCAUCAAGGCUUCAAAUUACCCACCAUUUUUUACUUCUAUUGUGUAUUUUCUUUAUAGCCUGGUUCACCUCGGUAUCUUUUGACCUUGGGUGACGAUGUACGGGUGGCGUUUUUUUCAUCAUGCUGUUCCGAUAUCUUCAAGGGUGGCAGUGAGGCAGAACGGUAGUGGGGGCAACAAUCAGGAACACACAUGGUAUACCCGCCCUUUCGCAAGUGGCACAGCAUAGGUU